AUGACGAUACUUUCAGAUCCUUUAUAUCGUCCACUUUUGGAAAUAAUUAGAUCGGCCAGAAAUGGUGUCGUAUACGGCGGUAAGUUGCGGUUCUCACAUGCACUAGUCAUAAACUUGUUAUAUCGUUCUGGUCCACUAGGUCCGCGUAUGAAGUCGGUUUUGGAAGCAACUAAAGACCAUGCUGAAGUUUUGGCUUCAUUUGCCAUAAUCUAUAAAAUAGCAGUCAAGAUCCUACAACAUGACGCCUUUUUAGGACCUAAGAACACGCAAUUACCGAAAUUCAUUGCUGGAUGCUUAGGAUCAUGGAUAGUUUAUUCUGGUCAUUUCAAUUUGUUUCACGGCGGAAUCACUCAUCAAAUCACAUUGUACUGUUUUUCAAGAGUCUUGAUAGCUGUAGGCAAGAUUCUCUUGGAUAAUUAUCUCGGCUGCUUCCAACCAAGUUUCACCAAUUUUGCUGGCGAUCAAAUAACUUAUCGUGAUUUGACUCUGCAUCAACAAAAGAAGUUGAAAAAUAUGAUUUACAAUAGACUGUGGAAAUAUUUCGCAAUAUUGGUGUGGGGGUUGGUGAUGUUGAUCUAUGAUUACAGGCCACAGUACUUACAGAGCUCAUUAAGGCACUCAAUGGCAUACAUUUACGAUGUCGAGAUGGAUAUACGCCCAUUGAAACCUUAUAAUCCUCUCAAAGUGCACAGUGAUGAUAAUAAUUCAUCCCCAGAGCGUACAACAUCCCAGUACGAACUAAUGAGAAUCAAAAAUGGAAUUGGCUGCACCACAUCUGCAACUCGGCCAUUGGCCCCUGAGAAAUCGAAACCAAAACUACUGACAGACCGAUGCAGUGAACAUACAUGCAUUAACAGAGGUAAAACACAGCCUAUUAUCAACACAGAGGAUUCAUUUGAUUCGGAACUUUACAAUUAUGAUCCCCCAAAAGCUUCUAUUGUGUUUGUUCUCGAUAUCGAGUUGGUCACGAGUGACAAUGCUGCAAUUGAAAUGUUCCAGUUGAAGUGA